AUGCAGGUUGUUCACACUGAGCCUGAAGAGCUGGGGAUGCAUAAGAACUAUCCAAGGGCCAUUGCCAAGGGAGAAGGGAAGAACAGAGCUGAAGUUGACCUUUGUCAAAUUGCAGAUCUCAUUGUAGCCGUUGGACCCAAGUUGAAAGAAGCGUUCUCGUCCAAGUUGCGUUCAUCUCGUCGAGAUAUCCUUCAACUGAUACCAGGUUCCUUCGCAGAGUUUUCAAGCAUUGAACAUGCUGUACAAGAAAGUGUAAAUUUCAAAGUGUUAGCCUUCGGUCGCGGUGAUUUCGAAGACUUUAGUCUUAAAGGAUACGACAUUGCCGCUCAAUCCAUAGUUGAAUUGAAGGACAGUUCCUAUAGUCUUGUUUUCGCUGGUGCGCCCGAUGGAAGGCAGGAUGAAGUCGCAGAAAUCUUACUCCAGACUGGCAUUUCAAAGAACCAGCUGAUUGUCAGAUCAUUUGUGAAAGACAAACAAAGAUUGAGAGAGUUGUUUUGUGAAGUCGAUCUGGCCAUCAUGCCAUCAAGAACUGAGGGGUUUGGUUUGACAGCAUUGGAAGCCAUGUCAGCUGGUCUUCCCAUUCUGGUUAGUGGAAACUCCGGAUUUGGAAAAGCACUGCGUGGUCUUCCAAUGGGUGAAUCAUUUGUGAUCGACUCCGAUGACCCCAAGGAAUGGGCAAAGGAAAUUGCAGCCAUCCGUCAAAAAUCAAGGACACAGCGUCUUGAGGAAAUCCAAAGACUGCGAAGAUGUUAUGAUGAAAGAUUCUCUUGGGAGAGACAGUGCCAGGCCCUUGUUGACAGGAUGUGGACGAUGGUUUAUGGUAAGAAAUCAAAUUCACCGAUAGUAAAGUAACAAUGAUAAUAAUAAUUAGUUCUUGAAAAUGUGAAAAUGCAUAUCUUAUCAAGAUUAUCCUUCAUUUGACCUUCAUCAUUCAUCGCUGUAUGUCCAUGGCUUCUGCAUAAAAUACAUUCGAGAGCAUAAAUACGUUUUUACUACAUUAUAUUUCGUGGUCCAUGUGCAUCGCUGUAGAAAUGUUGUCCUUAACCUUUUUAACCUUAAUGUUAACAUUCACACUCUCCACACUGUUCUCCAUACAUAUCUUGUGUUACUGAUUAGGAGAAUUUGUUUAAUAAUCAAGAUCUUUUUUACCGGCUUACCAAUUCCAUUCUUUAAAACUUUUAUGUAUAAUUUUAUAAAAUGUUGGCUACACUUGAAGGAGUUAACGAUAAAAAAAAAUUAAAAUCUAUAACAUUGCGAUACAUCAAAGUCAUCUGAUUUCUAUUCAUAUGCCGCAGUAAUGGUGGGGUUCUCUUGUAUAUAAAAGAAAAUAACAACAAAAGCCCAGCCAAACUUUUGGCUUAUAACUUAUUACAAAAAAUGAAUGGAGGGCUUUUAAGGUUGGAAUUUUUCUUUUUUUAAGAGUGACAUUUUUUGUUAUAAUCAACACUUUUUGUUUAAUUUACAGGUCUUGAAAAAACCAAAGAAGGUGACGUUCCACCGAACGACUGUGAAAAAGUUGGUGCAGCAGGACCGAAGGCAGGUAAUGUAAUUGUUUGCUUUGUCAAUAAAAGCAAAGACAAAAUUUAUUUUGCAGUAGAGUGCGGUUAUUUUCUUCUGUUGAACAAGGGUGCUUUCGAUUAUUCGGAUGCUUUUAGCUUUUCAAUGUUUAGUGUAGCAUCUCUGAGUAUUUAAAUUGACUGCUAAUUUUAAACUUUAUAGGUGUUGAUAAAACCAAAGAAGAUGACGUUCCACAAAAUGGUUUUGAAAAAGAUGCUGCAACAGGACCGAUGGCAGGUGAAGUCAUUGUUUGCUUUGCCAAUUAAACCAAAGCCAAAAUAUAUUUUUGCAGUAGAGUGAAGUUACUUUGUUCUUUUAAAAUCACAGUAAUUUUUCUGAAAUUGUCGACUGUUGUAAGCUUCAGACCAAUGCACUGUGCUGCACCUGUUUUAUGGAACUCGCUGCCAUUAAGUAAAAGAGCAAGUAGGAGCCUUGCCAUUUUUUAAAAGGAUCUUAAAACAUUUCUUUUUAGGCCGGAGAGCUUAUAAUUUACUAGAAUAACUCUGAAGUUUAGUGGUUAAUUUUGUAUAGAAUUAGACUUUUUAGAUUUUCGCAGAGCAUGGAAUUUUUUUAUUAUUAUUAUUGUUAAUAUUAGCUUUUUAGGAUUUUUUUUAAUUGUAACUUAAUGUGAAGCGCUUUUGAAUAUUUUAUAGUUCUAGUACUAUACAAAUUCUUUAUCAUUAUCAAGAUCAUCAUCUCCUAUAAAACUGGCUUGAAAUAACCUCUACCGUAAAAUUCCGAAAAUAAUCUCCGGAGCUUAUAUUUUUCAAAGGUUCUUUUUGAGGGGCUUAUUUUUGGAGGGGCCUAUAUUCGGAGGGGCUUAUCUACGGAGGGAUAUUUGCGUUUCAAAAUCGAUUAAGCUUCCCUUAUAGAUGGAAGUAAAUUUACCAUUUUUGCUUUGUUUCACUCUGUAUUUGAGGGCAAGUACCAUCCCCCUGGGGGCUUAUAUUUGGAGGGGCGAUUUAACGGAGGGUUUUUAGCGUUACCGGUCUGGGGGGCUUACAUUUGGAGGGGCUUAUACAUAGAGGGGCUUAUUUUCGGAAUUUUACGGUAUCUUAUUUUGUCUUUUUCAUCUUCCGCUUUCAGGUGAACUCAUUUUCCGUGCACUUCAACAAAUCCUGCUGGAAGCACGCAUAGAGUCCAGCAAAACUGAGCUUUCGCAGGCUUUAAAGAGGACUUCGUUGGAAAAAGGUUUUGCGAUAUCUGACAAUCAAGGAGAGGGAAACUGCAUGUUUUUUGCACUUUCAGAGCAGCUUGUCCUCAUCAAAGGAAUUCAAAUCUCCCAUGAUGAGUUACGCCGAACUAUUGUUCAACACCUUCGGGAAAACCCCAGGCUGGUAAGUAUCUUAUUACCUUAUUAGGGUGCACACAUUUACAGUAUACGAGCAUAGCUGUGGCAUUUGCCCGCUACAUUGUUUUAAUUCCUCUUAAAGUUAAAAAAAAAUAAGGCCCUGUCCACACGUAUCCGAAAUACGCAUCCACACGAAGCGUAUUUGAAUCUUUUUCGCCCGUCCACAUAAAAACGCUAAAAUGAUUGAAAUACGAUAGCAGCCAUUUACAGAGCAUGCGCAAUGUUGUAUUCUAAAUCCUCUGUAUUCGUCCAUCCGCACGUCGCUUUCUAAAAUGUCCACUCUUGGGAACAUUUGUGAAACCUGCUUCUUCGGCGCCCGAAAAUGCCGACCACGUGUGGACGGAAGGCUAAAAUGGACAAACAAAUCUGCGAUUUAAAAAAAAUAUACAUCCGGAUACGUGUGGACGGGGCCUCAAAUUCCUACGAUUGGAUAUGACGGCUUUACGGGUAUGAUGCAAAUGAAUCCACCCUUUAUGAGCAAAACAUCAGCUCUGCAUGAGCAUCACGCUUGUUUGUACUUUGCUUCGUCGUUCACUGCACGACUGCGACGCAAAACGUCCGUAUGCGACGUUUUGUGUAGGGCACCGAACCCCCACGGGUAAUUAUUGUUUUCGGGCUGGGAUACAGUCAUUAAGAACCCAAAACUAAGAAAACUCGUCGACUUAUGUUAAAUUAAGCAUUACGAUAAAGUUUGAGAGAACGCAAAUUCUUUUCCCAAGUUACUUUUCGAGUCGGAGACAUAAAUGGAUACGGAGAAAUUUUUUUAUUUCUUUUUGUCGGCUCGAUCGUCAUGCUCAUGUCCUAUUUUAUUUUUUGCGGUAUAUUGCUAAACUUGAAAUGUCGACCAACACCAGUUUUGUGUGAACAGGAUAUGACUACAUACUGGUUUAAAAGUCGCAAUUUCCAAACUCACUUUAUUUUAACAGUAAACAUCCCUUCCCUCCCCUCUCUGUCUCUCUUACAGGUGUAACGGACACCUCCCUAAAACCUCCUAAACCUACUCCACCUCCCUAAAAGUGUUGGUCCCUGCCGUUCUUAACUGUUGUUUUUUUUUUUACAUUUUUAAGGAGAGUAGUAUAGGUCACACAGGUUAGACCCCUUUUGGUAGUCGAAUCUUAUUACUGUGAUGACAUGACAUCUUUAUCUUAGCAAUAAAAUGCGGUGGAAUCUCUUCAGGAUAACUUCACGAGCUAUUUUUAUGUAGUAUUUAGUAUAUCCAAUUAUUCUUAUAUUGAUGAUGUAACUUGUUGGGAUCUUGUCCUUAGUUUCUGAGGAUGAUGUCGUAGAUCAUUCGAAAUUAUGUGCGUCAUGUUUUUAUUUGGUCAUGAAGACACCUCUGAACCAUGACGCCUUCAUUGUCCAUUGCAGACAACUUGAUCUGUGUUCACACUAUACCGUAUAGUUUUUUCGCGGGCACGAGAAUCAUACCGGAUGGGGUAUCAGUUCACAAAUAAGAACGGUGAUUUCGGCGCGAUUUCUGUUCAACGGAGAGAAGCUGUGCCUCGCCGAUCUCUUAAGUUGAGAGUCACAUAUCGGAUAGAUGUUCACACUAUACCGGGUGGCUUUUCGUGUCGUCACCAAAGCUUAUCUGGUAUAGUAUGAUCAUAGCUUUAUUGUUCUGGUUCCGGUUUACUGAUUCUUGGUGCGCAAAGGAGAUAAAGACGUCAUCGACGUUAAUUUAUUUGACUUUAAAAAAAGACGUCUACCUGGCUCGUCCUAUACUACUAAGGUGAACAAAUCUUUGCUUUAAUACUUUAAUAGGGAUACUCCUAAAACAGUGUACACUAUACUAGUGCUGAUACUAGCGUGGUCAGCCUUAGAGAGAACAGACAGCGCGGCUGUCUAAAUAAAAUACCUUCUAAAAAAGCACUGUAACUUUUUCUCUAUUAACUACAGUAGUUGUUUCUUUCUUACAGCCGGAUGGGACAGAACUGUUUCAUUUUGUUGGUGGAUAUCCAUCUUGGGAUGCCUACCUCACAAGUAUGAUGGCAGAUGGUAUAUGGGGUGAUCACGUGAUUCUACACGGCGCGGCAAACUACUUGCAAACGUGCAUCCAUGUGAUCAGCAGUCUUCCGCAUCGCCAUGACGUAAUGAUCUGCCCAGAGUUUGAUGUUAGUGGUGGCAACCGGCUUGUGCUGGGUCAUGUGCACGAGCUUCACUAUGUUAGCCUUAUUCCACAUAACGGAAGUAAAGAUGUCUGA